UUUCACAUAGUAUUGUAAUGAUUGUAAUACUCUAUGGACUGACAUAUAAAUGUCAAAAAGUAAACAUCACAGAAAAUUAUAAACAUGUUCAUUUUCGUAGCGUACAAAGAUGCUCCCGAGCUCUCUAAUCUUCGCAGGAGAUCUUCAGAAAUCGAUUUAUCCAUCGAAAAGACUUUGUUGGUGAACCCUAACUGUCCUGUCCGAAUAAUGUUAGAGUACAUUAGGAAGAAAUGCCGGCUCGGGAUCUUCACGCUUUUCGACUUGUGUGAUGAUACAGGGACUCUCAAAGGCCUUUUCAACCUACCCACUUACGCGUAUGCUACAGAUAUGUUUGAGCAUAAGAAGACUUACUACGUCAUUGUUAUAAGAACGGAAAGCGAUAAACGCCAGUCUGUCCUGCCGCAACUAAACCACGAGAACAGAAUAUACCUGGAGCUAAAGGCAAAGGUGAAGCGGUUCCUCUUAACUGGAGAGAGUAGUCCUCCAGGAGCGACUCCGACGCCUAUCGGGAAGGUCACGCCUCCUCCCCCACCGGUGAAACCACCUCCGAAGAAGAAGUAACUCUAUUCCCUAUACUAAGAAUUCUAAAUGCAAGGGACGUAGCACUGCACACAGAAAGGCAGAAUGGAUUUUUAACAAUUACGCAUAGAUUCUUUAAUCUACGGCAUUCUUUAAUAUAUGCUAUGAGUUAUAAAGUAGAAGCGUGAGGCAGAUUUUAUUUAAAGGCAUAGAAAUGCGUUUUAUAAUUAUAGUAGGUAUACUGCAUUGUCCACGGCCUAUUAAAUUACGAAAAACUAAAGAAUUUACUCACAUAUAAAUUAUAAUAGGUAAUGAGGUAAUAAUUAUCUAUUAUUAUAUUGAUCUCAGGCUCUUAAUU